AUUUGAGGCUCUCACCACCUUUGGCUCAUUUACGAUUUUAAUUCGUACAUGAUUUUAAUAAUAUAAAAACUAAGCUCUUUAUGAAAGAGCAUUGAUUUAUAAUUAAAAUUUACAAUGAUCUUUAUUUUACAUAAUCAAAUAUCUGUAUUUUGUAAGUACAGACAUGAGUACUUUUGCCAUCUGUCACAGACCGUUAGACGGAACCAAAUGUCUUGCGUGUUCCAGGACGGACAUAUUUAAGUGUUACAAACACAUGGUGAUGGAGCGCUGUGUUCGAAAUUCUAAAUUUGUUGUUCUGAUGUGAGGUGUAAACCGACACAUCUACACUAUUUUGUGUAACUUAUUCAUUCUACACCACUGACAACUACAGUCGACAGCGGCCUGCCUUGGUUUAUUUUGGAUCAAUGUAUAGUCAUGGACUUGUCAGGAAAGUCUCCAAACUGGAUGCUGUUGCACCCAGAGUAUAUCAAGAUGACGAAACUCGACGUGGAAGACUGUGAACAAGCCCAUGCUGCUUUCCUUGUUUACAUGGACCUCACUGAGGUGCGUCAUUGGAAAGAGGUGUCCUGUGUUAAAAGUGAUCAACUCAAACUAGUUUUGCUGGAAGCAAAAGAGAAAGAAGGAUCGGCCAUUCAGUCAGUUCUCCCACUGCCUGUGCAUCGCUCUCUGAGCCACAACGAUAUACGACACGUUUUGGACAGAGGUUUUCCUAUGCUGCUGUGUGCUGUAGCCUCAGACUCCACGCUGGUCUACCAGAGGUUAACUGAUGGCUUGGUGACCCCCGACCCACCAGUAGGUCCCUUCCAAGACGGGGGACGCCGGCAGCACAGGAAGAGACGACAGCAGCAGUCGACAUAAGAUGGGAAGCACAAAUGAUG